AUGACUCCGACUCCCACCGCCACUCUUUGUGCACGGGCUGCCGACUCGGCGCUGCGUCAGCCCCGGGCCGGGCUGCGGCGGGAGCUGACGCGGGAAGGCGCAGUCGCGCGACCCCGACGGAUGGACGCGGAGCGGGAGCGGCCCGAGCUGCGGCCGAGCUUCCGCGCAGCGCCCCGGCCGGCCGGAAGCGGAAGUCGGCACGGCUCCCGCAAGGACCGCCCGGAGCUCGCGGCCUCGGAAUCGCGGUCCGGGCGGGUGUUCCGGCGACCGCGGUCCGGGGGGCGGGAUUCCAGGCCCGGGUCCCUGGGGCCGGAGUUGCGGCCGGCCCAGCUCCGCCGGCAGACGUCCAGGACUUUUCUAACAGUCCCGGAAUCCACCGAAGGGGUCGGGGAGCAGGAGCCGAAGUCCUGGCUGCUUCGCCGGAGGCAUCCCGCGACCCCGUCUGUGCAGAAGAGUGUGCGGGAUCGUGAUCGUUCUCCAGCCCCUGGACUCCUCAAGUUCCAGAAGAUUAUGCACGACUGGGCCAAGAAGGAAUCCUCUCCAAGCAUCGAGCCUGGAAGAGAAAAUGAAUCUCCUGUGCGGCAGUAUGGUUAUUACAAAAAGACAAUUACUUUGUCUGGACACAUCUUAUACCUGAAAGGCCAGCCUGAAAGGAAACUUAGCGCCUUCUAUAGAAAACUGACCAAGAAGGGCCUGUACCAGCUCGUCACAGAUAUCAUCGUCAUGAUCCGAGUGUGUAAAAUGUUCCGCCAAGGCUUAGGGGGGUUUCGGGAAUACCAGAUCAUUGAGACUACACAGCGAAGUCAGCCUAUUUUCUCUUUCUGGGAUAAAAAGAAGGAAGGCCGGAUCCACUUUGAUACCAUGGACUUCCUUGCAGAGGAGGGCCACUUUCCGCCUAAAGCCAUUCAGAUCAUGAUGAAGAGGCCCUCGUGGAGGACACAUCAAGAGGUCCAGUCCCUCUGCAGCAUCCUGCAGAACCUGGACAGCUUCCGCAACUACUCGGAGAAGCUGCAGCUGUUGCUGGCCAAGAUCAUGCGAUUUGAACGGUUUGGCCGCAGGCGUGUGAUCAUCAGGAAGGGGCAGAAGACCAACUGCUUUUACUUCAUCUACCUGGGCACAGUGGCAGUGACUGAGGACGAGGAUGGCAGCAGCGCCUUCCUGGACCCCCACCCGAAACUGCUGUACAAGGGCGACUGUUUUGGAGAAGUAGGCUUACUCAACACGUCCUUAAAGAAGGCCACUGUGGUCUGCAUGGAGGAGACGGAGUUCCUGGUGGUUGACAGAGAGGACUUCUUUGCGAACGAACUGGAUAAGGAAGUGCAGAAGGAUGCUCAGAAUCGGUUUGAUUUUUUUAGGUCAAUGGACCUGUUUUACUCGUGGCCAGAAGAGAAGCUCUGGCAGCUCGUGUCCGUGGGGAAGCUGGAGAAGUUCUCCUAUGGGCAGCUGAUCUCAGCGGACUUUCGAGAAUCAGGCUUCGUCAUGUUUGUCUGCAAGGGCACCUGUGAAGUCCUGCGCCUGGUGGAACUCUCCAACUCCAUCUUCUAUUACAAAUGGAUCUGGCAGCAGCUGCAUCUCCUAGACGACCACUCCCUGAAGGCUCACUUAAUGGAGCCUUCUCCUGAGGAAAGAUUCAGGCAGUUCCAGAUCAAAUCCUUCCCACACCAGGACUACAGCCCCCUGAAACUCCUGCAUCUGCAGAACUCCAGGAAGUCCCAGAAGUUCAGCCUCAGUGAAAUUAAUACCAAGGCGAACACCCUCCCGAGGAAGCUGGGCCCAAAGGUCAACUCCAGGACUUAUCAACCUCUCAACUACCCAAUGAUCAAUACCAAACACGGUGAAAUUCCCAAGGAGGCUGCGGUGGGGGCCUACCUCAGCAUACGCACUGUGGAGCAGGGAGAGACCAUUGGACUUCACCAGAUGCUCCUGCCCGAGAGCCAGCAGGACGUCAGGCCCCUGAUCCUCGUGAGCCUGGGAGUUGAGCUGAUUCGGAUGAGCAAAGAUCAGUUUUACAAAAUGUUCAGUGAGAAAGAGUUGAGGAAAAAGCUGUUGAGGUACCAGAUCCAGUACCCCAGCGAUGAUGAGAUUUGCCAGAAGUUCCUCAUGGAGAACAGCUGGAAUGUCUUCAGGAAGGACCUGAUCCGUCUGCUGGUGUCCUCUCCUAAGUGUCGGCCAUUCACCCCGAAGGCCCCUAAGAAGAAAGGGGCCUUCAACCCCAGGUCUGUGUUCCUGGAUUUGGGUAGCAUGAACAAGACAGACCAUCGGUACCCCAUUUUUGUGGCACCCCAGAAAUUGCUCCCCCCUUUGAGAAUUGUCCAAGCCAUCACAGGACCCCGGUAUAAGAUCCAAGACGUGCUGCCUCAGUAUAAGAGUGCGGGCGUCCUUAUUUAG